AUGAAAAAAGGAAAUGAAAUCAAGUUGAGGAGCCCAUAUAACAAUUUUUACUCAAAUGGUAUUGAGUCACAAUAUGCUAGUAACAAGGAUGGCAUCAAUGCACUAGCUAGUCAUGUUGGUAGUGCAUAGUAGAAAAACUUCACAUUUAAUGAUACAGGAUCCUCAAGAGGAGGCUUUGAUCCCACUCAUAGAUCAACUAUUUUGGACAUAGUGGGACCUUAAAGUAGAAUAACUCCAACAAAUGCAAAUUAACUUGACCAAAAAUUGACAGAGCUAAACAAUACCCCUUCUAUAACGCCAAAAUAAUCCCCAUUCUUAAAAGUCUUAGAUCCAGAAGAAACAAAAUAUAAUGACAGAGAUCAGGCAGUUAAUGUUUAGAAUACAAUAAAAUACUAUGUCUUAAAGUCUUCAGUAGCUAAACAGGUCUAGAGAGAAAAUAAAACAGUCAUAAAAUUCAGACAGUAUCAGAAAUUAGAUCCUAUUAGCUCAUCAGCAGCAAGUACUGUAGUCAGUUUCUCAAAGCCAAAAGCACAUUUCAAAUGA